AUGACACAACAUCCCCCACCCCUGUCUGUGACACUAGGACACAAUGACACAACAUCCCCACCCCUUGUGUACAAAUCACUCACCAGUGACAAUAAUGCUCCAGGAGUAAGUGUGUACAAAUCACUCAGCAGUGACAAUAAUGCUCCAGGAUUAAGUGUGUACAAAUCACUCACCAGUGACAAUAAUGCUCCAGGAUAUAAUGUGUACAAAUCAUUCAUCAGUGACAAUAAUGAUCCAGGAGUAAGUGUGUACAAAUCAUUCACCAGUGACAAUAAUGCUCCAGGAUUAAGUGUGUACAAAUCAUUCAGCAGCGACAAUAAUGCUUCAGGAUUAAGUGUGUACAAAUCACUCACCAGUGACAAUAAUGCUCCAGAAUUAAGUAUGUACAAAUCACUCACCAUCUAUUGUCACACUGACCCCACUGCCCCAGUCUGGUGUCACACUGACCCCACUGCCCCAGUCUGGUGUCACACUGACCCCACUGCCCCAGUCUGGUGUCACACUGACCCCACUGCCCCAGUCUGGUGUCACACUGACCCCACUGCCCCAGUCUGGUGUCACACUGACCCCACUGCCCCAGUCUGGUGUCACACUGACCCCACUGCCCCAGUCUGGUGUCACACUGACCCCCCUGCCCCAGUCUGGUGUCACACUGACCCCACUGCCCCAGUCUGGUGUCACACUGACCCCACUGCCUUAGUCUGGUGUCACACUGACCCCCCUGCCCCAGUCUGGUGUUACACUGACCCCCCUGCCCCAGUCUGGUGUUACACUGACCCCCCCCCCUGCCCCCCCAGUCUGGUGCUACACUGA